AUGGUCAUCUCGGAUCAAUACUCCAUCAUGUCACCAAGUGAUUCACCAACUGCCCAACAUUGGGAGGGAAGACCCGCUUCCGUCAAGGAAAACAUGCUUGGAAAGACUGGUCGUCUUGCACCAAGAUGGGUGCAUGAUCUACUCAAUUCUGAUUUGGAUAGUGGCUCAUUUGCAAGAAUCGAUUGGGAUCGCGAAGCACGCUGCAGCAGCGCCGGUGUGCCCCAUCGCCUUGUUCUUGUGGGCAACCAGAGCACGGCAGAGGGCCGUAAUCCUGGCAUUCUAUCGUGUGUUUGCUGCAAUUGCGACUUCCAUUUCAUCAUCAGGACGUCGUGGGACUCGGAUCAAUUGGUGUGCCUCUGCCGUCCUCUAAACCUCCACUUCCCCCCCAAGGAUACAGACUUUUAUCUUCAUCACUUGGUCAACGUCAAGGAACCGAUACGGCCCGCCACAUCGGUAUCGGAUUAUCAUCCUAUGAUCAGAGAGGCUUUGCUCGCGGUCGAGCACUUCGCGUGCUCGGCACCCCGCUGCACGUUCCAGGUGUCUGUUGAGAUAUCGCGGCCUCGGCUCAAGCGCGAAUGGGUGCGGCUACUCCUCGACAAGCAGCGCAUCCUCGACAAUCUGGCAAACGCGAGAAAGCACUCGCCGGAGCGUUUCGCAGACGCCAGGGAUGAUUGGUCUACCACUGCCCCAUCGACCUUGAACACCUAUCUCAGAGACUUGCUCGACAAGCCCAACCCGCGCAACAUUUCCCGGCGUAACAAGCGGUUUCAGGUUGUAUUUGGCGAUGAGUGCCACGCCAUCUUCAGAGCGAUUCAGUUUACGGAAGAGAAUCUUGACAAAGACGGCGUCUUCGAACCGUACUUCAUUCCUCCUAGGUUGGAGCCUGGUACUCCGGGCACACCAACGAAACUGAGCACGUUACGCGCGUUCAUCGAGGACCUUCAAGCCGAGGCAGAAAGCCUCAUCAUCAGAAGCGGGAAGCCUGGCGAGAAUCGACCGUAUGUUGGUAACCGGCUUUUCAAAGAGCUCCAAUGCUUCGAGUAUCCGCAGAACAAAGUCCCUCAAUCAUCGACCGAGGCGCAUCGAGUUCUUGGCGUCCUACCCGAUUUCGACAAGGCGUUGGUUUUCUUCGCUUACAACCGGCAGUCAAUUCUUUGCGAGAAGCGACGUCAGACUUACGUUGAAGCACUUCGCGACAUUGCCCUUCUGACUGCGGAUGAGGAUUUCCAGACUCGUGCGAUACAAGAGCUAACUAUCGUGGAGGGAAUGCCCCCACCAAGCGCUCACGGUCCUGGAAACGAGUUGGAAACCCAGGCCUAUUCCUUCUUCAGCCUUCAGUACGCCGCCAGCGAUGACAAUGUCGUCUCAGCUUACAACACCAAGCUAGAGCACUCCCCUUCCCAAGCGGAUUUUGCUCGAGAGAUGCUUCAGAUCAUUGGCCGCCACAGGAGCAGUGACAGAAUCCUCACACAUGCGAACGCUCCCAUGGACGUCUCCUCAGCUUAUCGCAUCCUUGAAGCGGAUCCGCAGUGGCCUGAUAACACCAUCGUCAUGUUGUGUAGUGUCAAGCUUAACAAGGACCCUAAGAGCAAGUCCACCGCCGAGGUCGCUAUCAAAGCCAUGGAUGCCAUCGCCUCCGACAGGAACAGCGACGAAAUACGCCAAGCAGUCAAGGCGCUUGAACAGGAAUAUGGCCGCCCGCCUCAACAGGAAAAGUCCGACCCGGUAGCUUCAACUAACACGAGCAACCUGCCCGUCGGGCUGGAAAACAUUGGCAACACUUGCUACUUGAACAGCAUCCUUCAAUACCUGAAUACUGUUGUUCCUAUCAAGGACUUACUUGCCCACUAUCCUGCGCACGAACUUGGCCUGGAUGAUUUGGACAUUCAACGCCGAUUGAUCGGCGGAAACAAGUUGAAGAUCGACCGUGCCGAAGCAGUUGUUGCUCGUGUUUUUGUCGAAGAGCUUGAUCGGCUGUUGAAUGAGCUCGGCGGCUCGCAAGCGUCCGCUAUUCGCCCCUCUCAACGCCUGGCUAACGCCGUCCUGCUACCUACCUCGAAUCUCACUGACGAACCCGGCCCGCAAGCAAAGACGACCAAUGCUGCGGAACAAAAGACCCUGGAGGUCAUGGGCACUCAAUUCCCAGCACCUCCCCCACUGCCUGCAAGGCCUCCCCCAGGACCUCCUGCGCAUAAGUCGGAACAGGUGGAAGAUAUCGACAUGGUGAACGUCACGGUUGAUCCAGUUUCGGAAUCAGCUAGCAGCGUAAGCUCGCAAACCCUCGUCAGUAUGUCCGAUAUUGACAAUGACAAGCGAGACUUCGUGCCCGAGGACAAGACAGACAUUCGAAUUGUCUCCCGGCCUGUUGAACCACCAGCGCCGGAACUUGUUAUUGAUACCGAUGUAAAGAUGACUGGAGUUGAGUCACCAGUCCUCAAUGUCGAGCAACGGGUGCUCAAGGCCUUGGAAACCCAGACUAGGACUUCUGGUACGGAGCAGCAAGACGUCGAGGAGGUGAUGGGUAGCAUCAUCAACCGUCUUCAGGCAGCCAUCAGACCCACGAGGACAGACCCCGCGGAUGGGAUCCAGUGGGAGCCGAUCAUGGAGACGUUCUACGUCGAACUGACCAACCACACGAAGUUUCCCAACCAGGACAAAUACAAGCUGGAUUCAACCCUUGAGCGUGCAAUCACAGCAUACCCUGCCGAAGCCGGUCCGACCAACAUACAUGACGGCCUGAGCCGCAACUUCGACCUUCAACGAGUCGUUACUGGCAAGGAGGACAUCAUGCGGUUUACGUCAAUCAAGAGGCUUCCUCCCAUAUUGCAUGUACUCAUUCAGCGGACCCAGAACAACGGUAACAAGAACAUGAACCCCGUUGAGGUUUUUGAGACGCUAUACCUUGAUCGAUACAUGGACACACCAGAGGAUCCGCAGUUUUUCAAGCUGAGACAAAAAGGAUGGGCCCUUCAACAGCGUCUGGAGCAGCUCAACAACAUCUCUACUGCCACAGCCGAAGAUGUAGAGAUCAUGGACAGUUUCGUCAACGACUUCGUCCAUGUCAACAAAGCAGACGUCCCUGAGCCCGAUUCACUUCUUGGAGGCAUGCCAGCUUCUUCCCUUGCCUUUGCGGGUGAAGACUCGUCGUUUCCGACGUACAACCAGUCCGUAACAUCGUUCGAAAAGAUCGAGCCGCCCGAGACGACAGGAUUCAUCGUGGAAGGACGGCAGCAAAUCAGCAACAUGCGCGUGGAAGAGGUUAAGACGUACAAAGCAGAGCUCGAAGAACUCUUCUCACAGCACAAGACCCAUGCAUAUCGCCUGCAUGCCGUUAUCUGCCACAGUGGCCAGCUGCGGGCAGGGCAUUACUGGGUUUGGAUCCACGACUUCGAUUCCGGUGUUUGGCGCAAGUAUAACGAUAGGACCGUGACAGAAACACCUAAUACCGAAGAGGUGUUGAAGACACUCAACAGUAACGGCGACCCAUACUACCUCUGUUAUGUCCAGGCCGGAAAGGAACAUGACCUCGUCAAGAUCCCCAAGCGCAGUCUGCCGACGUCAUCGACCCAAAGCCAAGAGGAGCCACUCAAGAACACGGCUAGGAGCGGAGAAGAGGACGCAGACGGGGACAUUGACCUGAUAGAAAUGGAUGGUCAGGUAGCAGGUGCACAGGCAGCUUUGACAGCUCCGCCAGCAGCAGGCAGACAUUGGGCUGGCAUCGAGGAACGUGACCAGACAUAG